GGUCACUGCAGACAGAAGAACUGAUUCUGCUGAAACAGCAGAAAGACGUGAGGCAAAUAAGAGGAGGAAGAUCUCUGAGAGAGGAACAAGGAAUACAUAAAAAAACGUGACAGAUACAGGAAGAAAGAUUUCCCAACUGACUGGCAAGAAAGACUAAAGGAGACUUGAACCGAGAAUGAAACAAAGAGAGACAGAAGUUGUUUGUUGAGGGUUCACAAACAGGAGCAAAGUUCUUCUGCUCUUCUGUAGAACUCUGCUGUCGUCGUGGAGAAACACUGAAGGUCUUCCGUUAAUCCAAUCCUCAGAGGAUAAUGGCCAUCUGCUCACCAAGAGACAAGUAUUUUGGCGUCUGGCUGGUCUUCUUCAUGCUCGGUUUGGGGACACUGUUGCCCUGGAACUUCUUCAUGACUGCUACCAUGUACUUCACCAACCGUCUGAAAGACUCCUCAUUGGUUGAUUCUUCAGCCAAUCAGACAGAGGCUUCAAGUGAACAUCGCAGCCUUCUAGAGGCCAAAUUCAACAACGUGAUGACGCUGUGCGCCAUGCUGCCGCUGCUCAUCUGCACCUGCCUCAACUCCUUUCUGCACUCCCUUAUUCCUCAGCGCCUGCGUGUAAUGGGUAGUCUGCUCAUCAUCAUGUUGGUCUUCAUCGCCACCGCUGUUCUUGUCAAAGUUCCUCUGGAGCCACUGCCCUUUUUCUCCAUCACCAUGGUGAAGAUCAUCAUCAUCAACUCGUUUGGGGCGGUGCUUCAGGGCAGUCUGUUCGGGAUGGCCGGGCUGCUUCCGGCUUUGUACACGACUCCCAUCAUGAGCGGUCAGGGCCUCGCUGGGAGCUUCGCUGCCUUCGCCAUGAUCUGUGCCAUCGCAAGUGGCUCAGAGCUUGAGAAUGCAGCGUUUGGUUAUUUCAUCACGGCCUGUUUUGUUAUUGGUCUGUCUGUCCUUUCCUACGUCCUGCUGCCUAAACUGAAGUUUUUCCAGUUUUAUCAGGAGAGAAACGGAAACCAGAGGCCAGGCGAGGAGAACUCAGUAAAUCUCAUAAACAGAGGUGAAGCAGCUGACCAAGACAUAAAACCGAAUGUUUCCAUGAUAAACAUCUUUAAGAAGAUCUGGCUGGUGGCUCUGUUGGUCUGUUUCAACUUCACCGUCACCAUCGGAACAUUUCCCGCCAUUACUGCCGACACCAAAUCCACCCUCGCCAACGGAGGCUCCUGGGACAAGUUCUUCAUCCCAGUCAGCUGUUUUCUGCUCUUUAACCUGUGUGACUGGGCUGGGCGGAGCUUAACGGCGUUCUGUAUGUGGCCGAGGAAGGACAGUGUGGUGCUUCCUGUGUCCAUCUUGUGUCGUCUCAUCUUCGUCCCUCUUUUCAUGCUGUGUAACGUUCAUCCUCGUCUACACCUGCCCAUCUUCUUCCACCACGACGGCUGGUUCAUCUUCUUCAUCAUCCUCUUCGCCUUCAGUAAUGGCUACCUGGCCAGCCUCUGCAUGUGCUUUGGUCCAAAAAAUGUUCGUCCUCAUGAAGCAGAAACAGCUGGGGCCAUCAUGGCUUUCUUCUUGUCGCUGGGUUUGGCUUUAGGGGCGGCUCUGUCAUUUUUCUUAAGAGCACUGGUUUAACUGGAACACCACAUCUUUUUUACUGGAUUAUCAUGAAAACAAACUGUGUAUUACUGGUUCAACUGGAAAACUACCUGCUUACCGUUGGAUUAAAUCAGAGACAAAACACCCUGUUUUUAUGGGUCUCACUGUAUGUGAGUCGUUGUGACUUCACGUCUCAUAGGGUCCAUUGGACCUGGCAGUAUCUAAUGCCUGGUGAGCCGGCCUCCUGCCAUGGCCCCUGCUGAUGUGCCUCGCCGCCUCUCCUCUCUACCUCCUUCUGUUUCAUGGAUUGGAGUUCCAUUCAUACAUUGUCAUAUUCAUGUAAUGUGUUUAUGUAACUUUGUAAUGCUGUUCAUUCUGUACACAUGACAUCUAUUCUUCUGUCCAUCCAGGGAGAGGGAUCCUCCUCUGUUGCUCUCCUGAAGGGUUCUUCCCUUUUUUCCCUGUGAAAGGUUAUUUUUGGGGAGUUUUUCCUGAUUCGAUGUGAGGUCCUGGGACAGGGAUAUCGUAUGUGUACAGAUUGUAAAGCCCUCUGAGGCAAAUUUGUAAUUUGUGAUAUUGGGCUAUACAAAAUAAACUGAAUUGAAAAGUGAAUUAAAGUUUCCAUAAAGUUUUAGAUGUUUCAGCACCACUGACUUUUUCAAGAUGAGCCUGAAAUUUCAAGAGAAAGAGUUCAAAGUGUCAUGCAACUCAACAGACCAAACUUAACAUCUCCCAAGAUCUCCCUCGUUGCCAGUGUUUUGGUACAUUCUGUAAAAAAAGUUGAAUGUAAUGUACACUUAGUACGAGCUCAUCAUUGAUUGUAAAAAUACAUAUAUUGUAUGUUAUAAAAAGUCAUAAUAUAGUGUGUCAUUACCCUAACACUACAGUAAAUUUAAAAAAGUAAUGGUAUAGUAUUUCGUGAAAAACUCUUGUAUCCUCAUGCUGCGUUCACACCAAAAGCGUAGAAAUAAAGUUGAAAUAUUUAAACUCUGGCGAAUUUUUAACGGCGCCCGGUGAAAAUUAGCGUAAUUCGCAACCAUUCGCGUCUGUGCAUUGACUUUGCAUGGGAUCUACUCACGCGAAAAAUUCGCACCGCUUUUGGUGUGAAUGUAGCAUCACAUGCCUUGACAAGCAGAAACGUGCAACGUUCUGUUAUCUGUUCUCAAGGAAUGUUAAAAUUAGCCAAGUGUGUGUUGUUUUCAGGGCAUGUAUCUAGCUGGAAUGCAGGUGUCUCUUUGUUGUUUCCAAUUUAUCUCUGCCUCCCCUAGAUAAGUCAGCCGCCUGACCUUCAGUUAUUAUGGGAAACUGAACUCAGUUGCUUUUUUAUAAUCAUGAGUCUACUGCUGGCCAAAGUUUAUGAGAGCUUUAGCAAA